AUGGCUACAAAAGGUGUAGUGAGGCAGCAAGGCCCCAGCUAUACAGUGGAUACUGCAUGCUCAUCCAGCUGCUCUGUGCUUGAUCAGGCGUACAGAGCCAUCCGUGAUGGGUGUUGUGACUCAGCUAUUGUGGGCGGCUGCAAUCUUUUUUUCCAUCCGCAGGCAUCCAUCCAGUUCUCACAGCUCGGUGUUUUAAAUCCACAAGGUGUUUGUAAAACCUUCGACAGGNGCACCAAAGUUGGAGAUCUUGAAGAAUUGAAAGCAAUUACUCUAGCUUUUUGUAAAGACAGAAAGACCCCACUGCUGAUAGGGUCAGUCAAGUCAAACACAGGACACACUGAAGGGGCAUCAGGUCUUUGUGGUGUCAUCAAAGUCAUCAUUGGCAUGGAGACUGGCUUCAUACCCCCAAAUCUCCACUACAGCAACCCCAGAGAGGAAGUUGAGUCACUUAUGAAUGGACAGCUGAAGGUGGUGACUGAGAAGGUUCCAUGGGCUGGCAACCUUGCUGGUGUCAGCUCCCUUGGAUUCGGAGGUACAAACACCCACGUCAUAUUACAGAGGAAUCAGAAAGAAAAAGUAAAUGGUGGAGCUCCUGCUGAUUCAAUUCCACGCCUUGUUGUUGCAUCUGGACGUACAGAGAAGGCAGUUGAUGUCAUCCUGAAGGAU